AUGUGCUGGUGGGCGCUUCCUCUCCCUCCUCCUCCUCCUCUCCACCGCCGCGACGCCGCGAGAAAACAAAAACAAACACAACGACGACAACAACGGACGGAGCACGCCUCGAUUGGGAGAAAUAAGUAUCCACCCCGUGCGGUCUUUCCCUCCUCUUCCUCCUCCUCUUUUCAAACUGUCACGGAAGAAGUCGUCGUCGUGGACGAAAAACUUACAGUGCAUAUUUGUCGUCCCAAGUCCGAAGAUGCAGUCAUAGAAUAUUACAUCGAAAAGAAACAAUUGGAUGCGGACCCGUAUUGGGCCGCUUUGUGGCCUUCCGCGCGUGCAUUAUCAGCGCACCUCGCGCACAUGCACUUUGACGACGAGGAGGAAGCAACAGAACACUCUCACGGUGGGUUUUCGAUACGAGGAAAAACGGUCGCCGAACUCGGUUGCGGACUUGGUUUAGUAGGCAUAACGCUAGCAAAGUUAGGAGCAAAGUCGGUGACUUUGUUUGACAGAGAACCUCUGUGUUUAGAAUGCGCCAACAGAAGUGCUGAACUUAACGACGUGGAGAGCAUAGUUAAAACGGAAGUGUUGGACUGGAACGCUCCGGCCGACAAAAAUAAGUUGAACAACUUUGACAUUUUGGUCGCCGCCGACGUUCUGUACGAACGGCACGCGGUUGAACCAGUGAGCGAAUUUUGCUCGAAUUUCGUCAAAGCAAACGGAGGUCAAGUCUUCAUAGCGGAUCCACCGCUCCGAGCUCCGCAGAAUCGAGAACGUUUCAAGAAGAUGAUGGUAGAAGAGAAACAGACAAAACUCGUUUCGGAAAAGAGAAAAAAGCACUUGUUGGACGAAGUUCUUGUCCUCGAGUUGAUGAGAUUAUGA